UUACAUCUGUUUGGAAGCAAUAACGUUCAAUUUUUCAUUCUGCAGAUGCAUGUGUGAGAUUGUACUAAUACUCACAUCAAUAGGUACGUAUUUUUUUAAACUUUCCACAUCGAUAGUAAUUUAUUUGUGACAAGAGGUUUCUGGUUUCUCUUUAUUGGACUGUUGAAUCGAACAUGAAUCCAUUUUACAUUGCUUGGAUAGUACUUUUCGUCCCCUAUUGCAUUAGUCAAGGUGAACCGUUGAAACUCGUCUUAAAUAAAGAUCCUGAAAAUUCUACUCCAAGCCACGUGUACCUGCAAACUCACGAAGUUAAACAUACCUUGAUUAUUCAUGAAUUCAGUCUGCACGAGACAUUCAACAUUAGUGAGAUUUCAUUGCCCAUGUUACACCCACCUACAACCGAUAGAUACGAAUGGUACAUUAAAAUAUUUCCAAAUUACAUUGAUGCAGGAAUUAAAUGCAUUUCUGUACGGGUAUAUCUAUCCAACGACAGUGCGGUCAGAGAGGCGAUUGCAAUGACCAAUAUUUCAAUUAUAAAUGACAAAAAGGAAGUUUUACAUUAUAGAAAUUAUAAAAUGUCAAGAAAGUUCAUAGCCGGAGUACCUGAGAAAAGUUGGGGCUGGGAAAAUUUUUGCAACAGAGAUGAUUUCUUCAGAAAUCAUUUACUCCAGAACGACACAUUAACGCUAUCAAUCAACAUAAAAUGGCCAUGUGAGCAAUCCUACGAGGUUGUUCAAAAUAAUACUUCUUCGACCAAUCCUACACCCGAGACCACCAUCACCAAAGCCAAUCCCUCAGAAAAUUUUGAAUGGAUGCUGGAAAAUCCGGAAUUCGCGGACGUCGUAUUUAUCACAAAUGGUAGCAACUACCCAGCUCAUAAGAGUAUUUUAGCAGCACGUAGUCCUGUUUUCGCUGCCAUGUUCCGACGCAAAGAUACAAAAAAUGGAAAACUCAAGAAAAUUCAAAUAACCGUCAAUAAUAUGGACGAAGAAGUACUACGCGCUAUGCUAAGAUACAUUUACACCGGGAAAUGUGAAAAUUUCGAGAAACUAGCCGACAAACUAUUCGUAGCAGCAGCGAAGUAUGGGUUGAAAGGACUGCAAAAAAUUUGCGAAGAAACGCUUUGUGAGACUUUGUCGGUUAAAAAUGCAGCAAGGCUGUUGGUAUUUGCAGAAGAACAUCACGCCGAUAAAUUGAAGUCCAGAGUUAAAGAAGUCCUAGCGAAUGGUCUGCGCGCUCGCCAGUUGAAAACAGCCAGCUAAGAGCUUGGAAAUCAUGAACGAUUUCGUGAAAAGCUCGCUUUCACAAUGCCAUAGCCAAUGGAAAGAUAUAAACUUGAAUUUUUUGCAUUUUUUAGCUCAAUUUUUUUUCUUCAAUAAAAAUGUAUCAAUAAAUUCCCAUCAUUAUAAUAGCUCUUAAUCAAC